AUGGAAACGUGGCUCGUCAUCGGCAUAUCGGGCGUCACGAACGGUGGCAAAACGACGCUUGCCAAAUCGCUCGAAUCCUACUUCCAGGCUCACCAAAACAAAGUAUUCUUCAAGGAAAAUCUGAUCCUAAACAAGGUCGUUGCCCUGUGCCAGGAUGACUACUUCCUGCCGGUCGAUAGUCCACGGCACGAGAUGGUCCAGAAGCUGAACCACAUCAACUGGGAGAUACUGUCGUCGCUCGAUAUGGACCGGAUGUGUCAGGACAUUAUGAAGGUGCUGGGACAAAAGUUUAUCCUGUACAACUGCCACCAGCUGCGGCAGACCGAGGCCGACAGCGAGAUGGGCGAGCAGGUGGAGCAGAUGAUGGACGAGUACAAUCUGUUUGCGGACCAUUUCCUGAGCAACUUUCUCGCCAAAUACGAUGAAAACGGUACCGGCAGCAGGACGACGAAUUUAAUUAAGAAAUCAAAGAACGAAUCGUACCAAAGCAUGAGCAUUAAGAUAAACGUGCUGCUGCUGGAAGGCUUCCUGCUGUUUAACCAUUCGUUUACGCGCGAUCUGUGCAGCGUAAAGUUUCACAUCCAUCUGCCGUACGAGCGGUGCUAUGCGCGGCGUAUGCAGCGCGUGUACGAUCCGCCGGAUGUGGUCGGGUACUUCGAGAUGUGCGUGUGGCCGAUGUACGAGAAGCACUACCGUGAGUUUAAGGGUCGGAAGGAUAUUUACGUGCUGAACGGUGAGGUACCGCAGGAAAGCAUCUUUAACUAUGUGCUAAACUGCAUUAAGGACUUACUGUAG